AUAUAAAGUGUAAAAAAAUUCAUUGUUAACAAAUAAAAGUGUUUACUUAUAAAAAAAAUUAAAUAUUACAAAAAAUUUUCUAAGACGGUUUCAUAACAUCAACAAAAUAUUAAGAAUUAUUAUUGCACACAAAAAAAAAUAUUGCAACAACAACAAAUAUUUAUUAUCAACAUAAUACGUAUUUAUUUUGCACAACAAUUUCAAAACAUAAGAAAGUUACAAAAUUAGUGCUACUUGUUGCAAAAUUAAUUUUACAUCUUCAACAAGCCGCUGGACAACCAACUCGCAACCAUCAUCAUUGCAAAGCGAAUAGUUUUGCCAAAAUUUUGGGAUUAAUACAAUUUUUUUCUCCAAAACAACAACUAUGGCGAAUUUGGUCAUAACCUAAGAAACAUAGAGGAUAUUGAAACAACAACAACUAUCUUAAAAGUUUGACAAAAAUCUACAAACAAAUAAUUAAAUAAAUAAAAAACCAACAGUUUCUACGCGUUUUUUUUCGUUCGUUUAUACGGUUCGUUCGUACGUUUUCGUUUUCGCCAACCGUAUUGUGAUUUUUUUGUAAUUCGGUGUAAUCGUGGAAACAUCAAAAGCCAAGCGACAUAAUAUUGGUGACAUCGUCCAGUUAUCAUCUCCAGCAGUGCGCCGCAAACGGAGGGUAGGGCUUAUCUAACGCUGCUGCUAACAGAUGAGCCCCAACAACACAUGUCAAUUGUUGCAGCCGAAAAUGCAGGGCUUGGCCCAUGUGAUUUACCAGACCAUUGGGCAACAUUGUCGUCUUCACCAUCAUCUCUCUCGCCAAACGCUAAAGCUACAACAACAACAUUUUCGUCAAACACCUUUGGUGCAACCAUUGCAGCCAACGCAAAUUCCCUUGGCAAAAUCAACACUAGCAACAAAAUCAACAGCAACAUCAACAGCGGCGGAGGCGGAGGCGGCCUCAGCUAUUCUCCCAACAAAGCAACAACAAACAACAGCACAACAAUUGCUUCGAACGCCGCCAGCAACAUUAGCACUGCCUCAAGGACCCAAUCAACGGCGGCCGCCACAGCAACGAAUACCAUAUCCACAAAGUCGCCAGCGGCAGAGGGGGCCAUUAGCCCCAUUGGCGGUCGGCAAACUCCGGGGAACGGGCGUACAAACAUUUGCAAUCUGCCACGUUCAUCGCCGGCGGCAGCAACAGCUGCUGUAACUGUUUCCAACAAUACUGGAGCAUCAGUGUUAGGUCAGCUGGCACCGGUCGUACCCACAUCAGCCGGUGUUGUACCCCUCCCCACCACUAUUGGAAGUCGUGGUAGUGUGGGAGGCGGUGGAGGGGCUGUCACCUUGAAUAACAACAAUCUUAAUAACAACAGCAACAACACAAACACCACCAGCAACACCAACAACGGCAAUACCUCUUUAAAUUCUUCGUCGUCGACAUCUUCAUCAUCGUCGUCGUCAUCAUCCACCUCCUCCUCCAACUCAUCAUCAUCGACCGCAACAGCAGCAGCAGCAACGGCGCCAAUCACAGCCACGGACCGUGUGUCGCCAAAUACAGCUGCUGCCGCAAAUUUGUUGUUGGCCCGUAUAUCUGCUUUGCAGCAGCAGCAACAACAACAGCAACAAUUCAAUCUGCAGCAACAACAACAGCAACAAAAUUUAUUUCUGAACACUCAGAAUUCCAAUAGUUUAUUUAACAACAAUAACAAUUUGUUAACACAAAAUUUACAACAGCAGCAGCAACAACAACAACAGCUACACAAUCAUCAUCAGCAUCCCCAGUUGGCACAAGCUGCACUGCAUAAAGCUGCUGCAGCCAAUUUUGCUGCCGCUCUCCAACGUCCUGCCAUUAUGAAUGCGGUGGCAUCACCGAUCUCAACCAAUUCAACGACGUCGUCGAAUCGUAAGAUACGCAGGAAAAACGAUUCCAAAGCCAAUUUGCCUCAAUCCCAAAUCAAUAAAUGCAACAAUGAGAAACGACGUCGUGAAUUGGAAAACAAUUAUAUCGAGCAACUAUCCGAAUUUUUACAGCUUAACAGACGCGGUGAUGCAACAUCGAGCAAACCGGAUAAGGCGGCUAUAUUAAAUCAAGUUGUAAAAACGUAUCGUGAUAUUUGUGACAAAGGCCAAAGUCGUGAUAUAUCCUCCUCAACACCAGCUAACACAACAUCAGCCACAACAGCAACAACAUCGUCGACGUUGUCUUCUACGAAUCCAACCAAUGCAACUAGUACGAACAACAACAACAGCAGUAGUAAUAAUAACAACAACAACCAAACAACCUCAACACGUUGCAGUCGUUGUGCCACCGACAAUUGUUCCAUACAUCCGGUACAACAGGGUGAAGUCUCAUCAACCGAACCGCCACUGCCCGAACCAUCACUGCUAAAUGGACAAGUGCCAGAAAUAUCGGCCUAUUUUGAAGCUUUAGAACAUUACAUCUCUUCGGUCGGCUGGGUUUUGCUGCAGGUUAAUGCCGAAGGCAUUAUCGAGUCCUGUACACAAAAUAUCAAAGAAUUAAUUGGUUAUGAAAAACAAGAAUUAUAUCGUAGACCCUUGUAUGAGUACCUGCAUGCGGGCGAUUAUGCCAAAUUGGAUCCCAUUAUAAAUAAUAUGUCAUCGACCCUUUCGGGAGGAGUAGGAGGUCUGGGCGGAGGUGUUGGUAUUGGCGGUAAUGGUCCCAACAGUGCCGGCAGUGGCAAACACGAUCUAAACUCAGGUUGGGGUCUAGGUGAUGUUGAUGAUCACAAUGGUGGUGGCGGUGGAGGUGUAGGUGGCAUUGUUGGAGGCAAAUCGAAACGUAGCAUUUCGACAAAAGUCCGAAUGUUAGUCAAAGAUACACGUUCGGCAACCCAAACCUCAGGUUCUUCGUCGUCUUCAUCAUCGUCAUCAACAACCACAACGACCACAAAUAACACAGAUAGUAAUUCUAUGGACCAAAAAUCGAAAUUCGAAGAAGUUGUUUUAAUAGCAGCGCCCGUUAAAGACGAUGCUGAUUCUGCCUCUUCUGUUUUAUGUUUAAUUACCCGACCUGAGGACGAAUCGCCUUUGGAAAUGAACAUACAACAACAUGUCCAGCAUCCAACCAUUGAACAGGUUACCUUCAAACUAGACAUACAUGGCAAAAUUAUUACCCUCGAUGCCACAAGCUUGCGUGAACCCUACAAAAAGCAUUUAACCCAAUGGGUGGGACGUUUGCUGCAGGAUCUGUGUCAUCCUCAGGAUUUAUCAGCUUUAAAGACACAUCUCUGUGAUGUCCAAAAUUCAGCGGCCGGGGUAAAUGCGAUCAAUGCCUCACAAUCGCCAGGCAGCAGUGUGGUAUCAAUUAACCCGCCCAUAUCAAAUCAUAUAUCGAAACCAUUUCGCCUUUGUCUGGGGACACCCGAUGUCUAUGUUCAUGUCAAGGCCAAUUCGAGAUUGUUCCUUAACCAUACGCCGGGUGAGAGUGAUUUUAUUAUGUCGGUACACACGCUGCUAAAUGCCGAGAACGAUAUGAACAGCAAUAGCACCAGUAUGCUGAGUGGCAACAGUGGAGGACUACUUACAACCGGUUCAUUGGUAUCAUCUUUAGUUUCCAGCCUAUCAAUGGAUUCCUUGGUGAAUACAAAUUCGAUGUCAUCGACUUUGGUGAAUGUCUCAGGUUUGGGUGGUUUAGUAGGUGGUGGUGGCGGUGGUAUGCCACCGCAACAGCAGCAGCAUUCGACACAGACAAUAAGUGUGGGCGGACCCUUGAUGACAUCGGCAGUUAUUAAUGGCACCGGCAGCGGGGUUGGCAGUGCAGGAAACAAUAUUGCCAGCGGCUUGGGUUCUGUACAAAGAUCAUCUUCCACAACAGCUACUACCUCGGGCAUUGUCUCCAACAACUCAUCAAUGGUGAACUCGUUUCCCGCCUCUCCGGCCGGCCACGAACCGCCAUCGUUUUAUAGUAACGAAUUUGAUUUUGACUUAAGAUCUUCUUCAUUCGAGGCCUGGAAUGAUUCAAGACCGAACUCACGGGCUUCGGUAACAACACCCGUCAGUACACCAAGACCGCCGUCGGCUGGUCAUGGUUAUAGUCCAGCUAUUUGUCCAUCGCCCUCAACGCCGUAUCAAUUGUCAUCUCAUUCGGCGGCUAGUUUGCCCUCUCCACAAUCGAAUGCAAGUCAAUCGGGUGUCGGUGGCGGCGGUGGUAGCAGUGGUGGCGGAAAUCCUUUUGGCAAUUUUGGUUUUCAUUCCUUCGAUAGUAGUAGUGAUAAAAUGGAUAAGGAUCCUAUGAAUAAUAAUAACAACAACAAUAGUGGUAGCAAUAACAACAUGUCUGGUAUGCCAGGAAAUUUACCAAACGGUGGCAAUGGUGGUACCAAUCCCCUAAUGAUGGGUGGUGUUGUUGGUGGCAAUUCUGGUGGUAUGAGUGGGUCUCAACAACAACAGCAGCAGCAGCAACAACAAAGCCAACAACCUCAAAACCCUCCCACAGAAUCGGAACGUUUAAGACAUUUACUUACCAAUAAAACGCAUUCAUCGUCAAUGCAUGGCAGCGAUGGAGAUGACAAAGAUAAUUUGUUGAAGGUAAGGAAGAAAGAACUCUAUAAGCAAGAGGAUGACAAGGAGGGUCUGCAGGCGAGCUUAGGUGGUAUGUUUAAAAUGGGCCCUGGUUCUGGUCCUGGAGGCGGUAUGCAGCGCAUGUUCAGCAUGAGUGGCAUGCAGAAACAAGCAAAUUCCAGUAAUCCCAUGUUGCUAUCGCUUCUCAAAUCCGAAGACGAUGAAAACAACAAAGGCAUUUCGUCUAUGGGCCGUUCCAGCGACAUGGUACGCAUAAAGGAUGAGCCGCAUGGUUCCCAUCAAAAUCCCAAUAAUUUAACCACCGAAGAAUUGUGUCGAAUUUUGAAGCAUCAAGGUGAUCCGGCUAUGACACGCAAGCGAUCCCUUAACGACCCCGAUGAUGGUCUUUCGGCCAAAAGAUCGGACGAUCGCCCUUCAAAGUUGUGUGAAAGAAAUAAAAUGCUUGCCCGACUGCUAAGUAAUCCGCCAAAGAAUAUUACCAUGAAUAUUACGCCUGUUAUAAAAACAAUUCCGGACAAGGUGCCCACCAGGGGCCCGGGCAAUAUUGUCUCAUCAAUGGGCGGUGGCACAACCAUGGGUCUAAUGCCCGGAAAGGCUUCAACCAUAACAACGAUGGCCAAUAGUGGCAGUAUGAUUGGUCCAGGUGGUCCGGGACGAGGAAGAGGUUUGGCGCAGCAACAAAAACCGUCGCAACAACAACAGCCUUCCGAUGUCUACCUCAAUCAACAACAGCAGCAGCAGCGACAGGGUCUGGAAUCCUCGGCGGUAGGUUCGAAUUUACAACGACUACCACAAUCUCAUCCUCAGCAGCAGGGCAGUCAAAUGGACUUCUCAUCGUCAUCUACAACGGGAGAUCAUCCGUUUGCCACCCCACCUCUUAGCACAACAGCUCCUUCAACAACAGCUACCUCAAAUUCAAGUGCAACAACGGGUACCUCCUCUUCCACAUCCUCCCUCAGCUCCUCCUCCACAUCGGGUAUCUUGGGUGAUGGUGAUCAGGAACUAUCCAAAAUACUGGACAGUGUUAUGGACUAUGUGCCUGAUGACCAGCCGACAGGUCUUACACCGCAACAGAUCAACGAUCAAUUGGCCAUUAGCGAAAUCCAGAAAUCGUUAAUGAGCGAGACAUCGGCUUUUCGUAUGGGUCCCAUGGGUAUGACUGCACAACAAAUGUUGCAACAGCAACAGCAGCAACAACAAUCGCAGCAGCACCAACAACAGAUGCAACAGCAUCAUACACAACUACAACCUCCUGCAUAUCCAGGUAUGGGCGGUGGUGCGGGCAACUUAACGCCCCAACAGAUAAUGCGAAUGCAAGCGUUACAAAAUAUGCGACCCAAUCAGAAUAUGCAAAAAGCUCCACCAAAUUAUCCAGCAAGUGGGCGUGCUGGUCACAUGAACGCUGUCUCAACGCCGAGCGGUGUAAUGGCGGCACUGUCGCAGUCACACUUUCGUAACAUGACCCAACAGCAAAUGGGUCAACAGCAGCAACAGAUACUGGCUCAUCAGAAAGAUCGUUUGUUGGCGCAACAACAGAAAGAACGUUUACUGCAGCAACAACAAAACCAGUUGAUGCGUGUGCCGGAAAAUGCCACAGCCCGUGAUCAGCUGUGUCUCAAUCCUGGUCUCAACAAUAUAAGUACCUUGCUCAAUACCGUGGCACCCAAUGUCACAUUAUCACGCACAAAUUUGCCACCCGACUCACAAUUAAUGUUGCAGCAACAGUUAAGUCCGGGUCAACGCAAUGCACCCUUUAGUCCACAAUCUAAUCCAGGCUAUGGUCCCCAAUAUCCACAAACUGCCGGCCAACGCUUGUCACCGCAACAACAACAGCAGCAACAACAAAUGGCUGCUUUCCAGGCAGGAAAUCCAGCAGCUCAGCUCUCACCCAGGCAACCACAUUUUGGCCAGCCAGGUGGCCCCAAUACCCCCGGUAGUGCUGGUAUACCCUCACCGGGCUUGGGACCCAAUUCCUCACCCCAGCAAUGGGGCGGUGGACCUAAUGCUGGACCACAAAGAGGGCAUUCAUUACAACAGCAUAAUCCAAUGUUAAGUGCACAAUUACAGGGAGUUAGUCCUUACAAUGCUAGACAAUAUCAACAACAACAACGAGGACGAGGCUUAAAUUCACCCAGUGGCACUGGACCUCAAGGUCCUUCGGGUCCGGGUAUUAUUGGCGGACCUCAGGGUCCAAAUGCUGCAGCUGCUGCCGCUGGUCUCCAGCGCCAGAAUUCAUUUCAGACAAACGAUAGUGGUUUUACGCCGACACCAAAUUCCCCAUCACCCCAAUCACCUUUUGCAGCUGGCAAUGCAUUCCAACAACAACAACAAAACCAGCAACAACAAAUGCAACGUAUGCAACGGCAAAGUAGCAUACCGCAAGCAACUCAACAUUUGCCAGGAUCGCCGCGAUCAUUUGGCAAUCACCACAACAGUCAUAGCCACAACAGCAACAGCAAUAAUAAUAACCGUCACCAAUCACAACAACAACAACACCACCACCAUCAUCAACAACAACAACAGCAGCAGCAAUCGCAACAACACCACCAUAACCAUCACCACCUGCAUCAUCAGCAACAACAUACACACCAGCAGCCAAAUCGUCAUCAACAUCAUCAUCAUAACACACACCAUACACAUCCGAAUUCCAUUGCGAAUAGUAACACUGGUCCGGAUAAUGCUAUGGGAUCAGCUGUUGUCGAUCUAUUAAAUGGUUUAACGGCGGCCUCAGCCAAUCAUGCCAAUAUGAAUGGUUUCCUAACGGCCAAUGGUGGUAGUGGUGGUGGUGAUAAUGGACCAGAUGUCGGUGGAGGAGGUGGAGUCGUAGUAGGAACCAAUGGCAUCAGUUUAAUGUUUAAUAACCAUCAUUCAUCGUCUACUAACAAUAACAACAACAACAACAAUAGCCAAACAAUAUCACACCAACAGAACUCAUCAUCCAAUGCUACCUUGUCAUCAGCAGCGCCUUCAACCAAUGACUUCUAUGGUCGAUCCAAUCAGACGACCGCUGGUAAUCCCGCCUCUUCAGAUUAUGUUAAGCAAGAAUUGCGCGCUGUGGUCAGUGGUCGUGCAGCUGCUGCGGCAAAUUCUGGUGGAGUUAAUGGUGUGCCCGGCGGUGGUGGUAACAGUGGUAAUCCGGGUGGCGGUAUACCUGGUGGUUUACGUGUUGGCACACCUCAAAGUCCAUUGGGCGCCCAGACACCGCAAGGCGGCGUUGGUGUUCCCGGAUCGAUGCAGCAGCACGGUACAAACCAUACAAAUCCUAUGGCCAUGACCCAACAACAACAGCAGCAGCAACAGCCCCAGACACCAAGUAGUGGAAAUGGUUCAACCAAUAGUUCCGGUGUUGUAGGCAGCAGUAGUACAAGUGGUGGUGUUGCAUCAAUGCUACACUCAUCACCGGAUCCAACGAUGAGCUUUAGUUUUGAUACACAAGACUUCUUCGGUAGCAGCACUACAAGGUGACCCUAAAAUACGUUUUUAAUUUAAAGUGUCAACACACGAGCAUCUUCAUACCAGCAAAAUGAAAAUAAAAAACCACAACAACAACAAAUUGAAAACCUAAAUGUCGAAAUGGGAAACAAUGCCAUUUCCUCUAUAUAUACAACAACAACAACAACAAAAACACAACCAAUCAACUAUCCAUCCAUCCAUUCAUGCUCCCAACUAUAAUAUUUCCUGGUUGUUCAAAAGAAAAACGAGAUAUUUUUUUGUUCCAGAAACCCAACAAAACCAACCAACCAACACUGCAGCAGCAUAUUAUGAAAACUGAUGAAAUUACAAAUACACACACAUACACACGUUCUACGUAACAUUUAGGUGCAAUAGUCUGUUCUUUUUUUACUAAAAAAAUAUAUAUACAUACAUAUAUACAUACAUGCAUAGUACAUAUACCUACCUAAGUAUAUAACAAAAAACAA